AUGGUUACCCAAAGAUUGCGGGCGGUGGCUGAACAGCAGUACGGUUUUACUAAGAUUGAGGAAGGGGAGAGUGUGAAGGUUUCUGCGGAGAUGGAGAAGAAUGCAAAAGCCAUGGGACCCUAUCGGGAGAAGUUGCAUGCUGGUGCCAAGCAGUGGGAUUUGGAGAAGUUUGUCGAUCACUGUGCAUUGUUCUUGGAAAGUUGUGUGCCCCCUGUUACGAAUUUCCUGAGCAACUUUGGGAGUCUGCCAUUCUUUGGCCUUGUCUCCCUCAAGUUGGCCCAAAUAAAGGCUCAGUUGGCACUGCACCAGCUGAAUGUGAUUUCUGCCAGAAACUUCACUUCUCCUUUUACUGGUUUACCUGCCGUGACCUUGCUCGACUUGAUCAAGGUUACCAUGUCUCAUCCCAUGUACAAUCCCCGUGGGGGACCGUUCUCCAGCGGCCAGAGGUCCGUUACAGCAGGGCAGUACAGUAUUGGGUCACAAUCAAGCCUGGACUUGACAGCAACUCGCCUUGCCUCAGACUCCAUGUCUGCUUCUCGUGGGGGAGUGACUGCAAACCAGCAGAUGACGUAUCCAUUGAGUCAGCGCCAGCCACAGAUGUCCCACAACCUAGAUGCAUCUAUAGAUAUGAAUAUUCGUGGGGCUCUUGAGGAAGUCCGUCUGGUCUCCCAAAUGCUGCAACAGCCCAAAGCAGCAGAUCCUCGCCUGAAGAAAGAUGUCAGAGAGAAGGUGCUUUCUCCCGGAAGUGGUGGUUAUGCAGCAGCCGGUGUUCCAGGAAGGUCUGAUGAUCCGGACUGGACGGGAUACCAGGCUCCGAGUAAACUUUUUUCUUCCCCAAGUAUAGGUCAUUCCUCUAGUUCAUCAGGGCGGUUUCAAUCUUCGGGUUUUGACAGCAGUUCAGGACGGAGUUGUUUGGACAGCCAAUCUUCUUCAGAACAUCAGCCUAUGCGUUACACCCCAGAGAGUGCCAGCAGUAUUUUGGCAAACUUUGGCCUCUCAAAUGAGGACCUUGAGCUCCUUAGUCACUACCCUGAUGAUCAACUGACUCCGGACAACUUGCCUUUUAUUUUGCGAGACAUACGCAUGCGCAAAGCCAAGAGGAACGUCUCUGACCGUGAUAUGAGAUCAUCAGAUCUUCUGGUUUCUGAUAAACGCCAUGGACAAGUUAUUGACUAUGGACAUUCUAGUAAAUUUGAUUUUCCUGAAGACGAACCGGACAACUAUGCACAUGACCACCUUACUAAAGAAUCAGUCAAGUUUGGGAGAGAAGUCACAGGUUCUUCCUUCAGUAACAUUGACAAAAGUAAGCGCCCACAGCAAAGCCUGGCUGCUCCAGUUCUUGCACAGGCUUCAGUGAUGGUUCCAAAGCUUCCGCAACCUCCAGUGAUGGCUCCAAGACCCACUUCACAGAGCAUGGACAUCCAAGGGGUCAAGACAAUCCCAAGAAAGCUGCCGACUCCAACAGUUGUAUCACCACUCAUCAGUCGUCCACCACAGAUUCCUGCUGCUGCUGGCCCUCUAGUUUCUAUGGUCCCGAUGAUCUCUGGAAGUUCUUUUUCAUUUACUCCACCUCUGAUCACUACUUCAGCUGUGAAGAGGUUGCCAACUCCAACCAUGAUGAACGAUUACUCGGCUGCUAGCCCAAGAAUCUUUCCGCAUACAUGCUCUCUAUGUAACAUAGAAUGUGCCCAGACUAAGGAUUGGAUUAAACAUCAGAACACAUCCCUUCACAUUGAGAGUUGUAAACGUCUCCGAAAACAAUAUCCUGAUUGGAAUGCAGAGACUGUUCCUCUCACAAGAACUCCUAGCCCGAAGCACCACCAUGGUUCUUCCAGCCGACGUCAGCGGUCUCGUUCUCGCUCAAGGUCACGAAGCCCUCGAAGGUACCGCCGGACACGUUCUCGAAGUCGCUCCCGGUCCCCACACAGGAAAAGUCGUGGCUCACCCACAUACCGGCGGAGGUCUCGCAGUCCAGCACGUCGCCGUUCUCACAGCCCACCACACCGGCGCUCUCAUAGCCCACCCCGGCAGCGGUCAAGAUCUCCAGGCUACAGCAGUAGUAGGCGCUCUCCUCCACGGAGUUCUCGCCGGGUGAGCCCCCGGCGGACCAGUCCUCGCUUGCAGAGACCAAGCAUAAGUGAAAGACUAGCAAAAAAACUUCUGGAGUCUUCAGAGUUAGCUUCAGUAUCAGGCAGUAGUGAUCUAAAGGCCAUGGUAGAAUCUUUGGCCCCUGCACUGUUAGCUGAGCUAGCCAAGAAAAGGAGUGAUUCCAUGUCUUCCUCAGUGAAGAGCAGCAGCAGAAAGCGAUCAUCCUCUCCUUCAUCUAAAAAAAGUGAAUCUUCCAAGUCAAGCAACUCAUCUGCUGGAAAGACACUUUCCUCCAAGAUCUUAAAAACCAAAAAGCCAGCUGGUCCUGGGGAAGCUUGCCUGUUAAGAUUCAAAGGUAUUCCUUUUGGUACUACACACCAAGAAUUAAUUGCUGCUGUUGAGCCUUAUGGGAAGAUUCACACAGCCAUUCUGCUUAAAGCCAUCUCAGAGGCAUCUGUAUGUAUGGAAAGGGAAGGGGAUGCCAAAGCUUUGGCUAACUGUAAGGAUCUGAAGCUGCAUGGCAGGAUUAUUGAAAUCUGUUUAGAGAAGGAUUCCAGGGAUGAACCAAAGGAUUCUGAACAUAAAAAGAAACCCAUUUUUAAGAAAAAGGAGGUCCAGCAUGGCACAAGCAAGAUGUCACAACCAGUAAAACCUAAGGAAGCACCUACAUCAUCACAAGCAGCUAAAACUAAAGAUAUUUCUAAGAUAUCACAAGCAGCUAAAGACAUUCAUAAGACUUCACGAUGUCAAGAUGUGUCAAAGAUUGUGCACACAUCUAAAGUUAAGGAAGCUCAUAAGUUACAGGCAGCUAAAGGAAAACCGAUCAAAAAAAUUGUAAAGAAGGCCCCUUGGCGAAAGAAUAUAGUUGAGAUAACUGGUCUUCCAGAGGAAGAGGUCACUGAAGACGAUCUCAAAAAUCUUGCUAGUCCCUUUGGUUUCAUUUUAACACCUGUCAUUGUUGUCACACAGCAUAAGGCGUAUUUGGAAAUGCCUAAUACUGGGGCAGCUGAGGCUCUGGUUAAAGCAUAUGCAGAGACACCAGCAAAAUUACAGGAGAAAGAAAUAAGCAUCACAAUGAUGACCAAGCCUGUUGACCUUAAUCAUUCAGAGUCGUUAUACCGAGUUCUGAUGUGCGUAGACAUGUCUCACAAAGAACUUGCAGCGCUUCCCGAACGUCUCCUCACGGUCAAUAAUGUACCGUAUAAGACUGGUGCAAUCUCCGAAAUUCACAACCUUAUCAAACAGUUUGGGUCUUAUAAGCAGUCUCUGACCCUCAAUGGAAAGAUUAUUUUUGAAAUGGAUAGUGCUGCUAUAGCCAGGUCGGUCUAUAGUCGGUUCAUGAAGUUUCCAUGCAUCAUACAGAAUCAUUCCCUUUCCUUCAAACUUUCUAGAAUGCCCAGAGUUGAUGAGCAGACUAAAAAGAAGUUUGAUCCCAAAGGGUGUAAACGGGUUGCCAAACCUCUGAAAAAAGCUGCAGUUACUCCUUCACCUAAAGCUCCCCCAACUACUUCAGUCACAAAAAAUAUCGCUAAAGCAGAGGCUGGUCCUAUGACGGGCACAGAAAUUAAUGUAAAUGAAACUAAAGCAAAGAUUAAAAUGGAUACCAUUGUUAUUUCCACUAAUGAGAGUGCAGUUGCAGUGCAGACCCCUGCAGGUGAAUCCAGUUUACUUAGCAAAACAAUUCCAUGUGAUUCUAAUGACUCCCAAAUGGACACCCCAUCUAAUGAAACAGCAUUAACUGAAAGCAGUGAAUCCAAAAGAGACAUUUCUGAGAGUGAAAAUAAGAUUGACCCCCAAAAAGAAAAGGCUACCUUGGUGGAAACUAAAGAACCAGUGUCGGAGUCUAGUCACGAGGUUCCAGUCACAAGUGAUGAAGUUCUGGAUUCUAUGGACACAACUGAGCAUGCUGAAAAUAUGCAGAUGGACACUGCUGAGCAGACUGAAGAUAUACCAGUGAGCAUAAAUGAGCAGACUGAAAAUAUCCAGAUGGACACAGCUGAGCAGACUGAAGAUAUACCAGUGAGCAUAAAUGAGCAGACUGAAAACAUCCAGAUGGACACACAUGAGAAGCCAGAAGAAAUACCAGUGAAGGUUGAUGCGCAUUCUGAAAAUUUACAAACGAAAACACAUGAGCAGGCUGGAAGUGCCCCUGUGGAUGCAAAUGAACAUGUAGAAGAGUCAUCUUUGAAAGAACCUCAUCCAUCACAACCAGGAGAUCCCUCAAAGACUUGUGAUGUUUUUGCAGAACAGGAGAAAGUUGAAGAUGAUGAACUAACUGAUGGCAGUGUUGUUCAGAAAUCAGCAGAGCAUCCUGAGACAGCAGCACUGACUGGCAGUGAUGAUAAAGACACUGUGGUGGAACCUGCUGUUUUAAAAAAUGAGCCACAACCAGUCCCUUUAGAGGAGUCUGUCCAGGAGAAUGAGGUCACACAGGGCAAUUUAAGUCCACAGAGUGCUAUAAACCAAAGUGAGGUUCAGGCUAAGAAUGGUCUGAAGGAGGAUAAUCCAGUUUUAACUGAUGCAACUGUCCAGUCUUCUGACCAACACCAGGUUGAAGCUCCUACUACUCAGCCAAAUGCUCUUUCAGCUGAUGACAUAAUACUGGACUUUCCACCUGUUACAGCAGAGAUCUUAAAGGCACUUGAAGCAGCAGUCCAUCAGUGCCGUCUGCAGUCCUCCAUGAAACGUGCUGAAGAAGCAAGUCGAAAAACUGAGACGGAAAAGAAGCCUGCAGAAAAAGACGUUUCACAGGUGGGCAUGAAAGUAAAUAAAACUGAAAGGCAAAAGACCCAAGCUGAAAAGGAAGUAAAACCUCAGAGUUCACGAAUUACUAGAAGCCAGCGCCGAAAACCCGAGUCACCAGACAGGGAGCUUUCUUCCAGACCGAGAGCCAAGGGUAGUCCAAAAGAUAUGUCUCCCACCACUAGUAAUGAAGGACAUUCAAGUUCUUCUACUGUAUCUCGAAAGACGAGGUCAGAAGGUGGCACAGCUCUUAGACUUUCAAGGGAGCGUGAGGAGGAUAGCUACAAGUCUCGCAGUAGCAGCAGAAGUACACGUUCCUCAAGGAGUGAGGCAAAGACAAAGAAAACUGGAAAGUCCAAAAAAGAAAUGGACGAACCCUUUCCCUUCAACCUAGAUGAGUUUGUAACUGUGGAUGAGAUUCAAGAUGAGGCGGAGGAACGUACUCCUUCUAGCUCUGGACGCUCAAAAUUAAAAAUGUCAGAGGAUGACCACAAAUCCAGUGCUUAUUCUAGCUCAGAUAGGUUUAAGAAGCCACUAACUUUAGCCACUCCCAAAUCCAGACCUUCUGCAGCCACUAGAACAGAAGAUCAGGAAACAAAAGACAUGAUGGAAAAUGAACGUGUAGAGAAAAUAGAAGGAGGAGUGACCGUUACUACUCAUGUUCUGCAAGAGGCAGUUCACCAAACUGUAUUUGGUGAAAUAGAAAAGGAAGAAACAUUAACCCCAAAAUUUAAUGAUAAAGACAAGAAGUCAAUUGUUCAGAUAAAUUCUAAAGAGGCCUCAUUCACCAAUAAAGAGAUGUCAAAUAAGGGAGCCUUUAACUUGCAUAAGCAAAACCAUUUUGAAAAGGAUGAGCCUCUUCAAGUCUCUAAGCUACAGGAACGGAAGUCACCUGCAAAGCACGAAUCUGAGAAGUUAGACACUGCACUACAAGAGAGCAAAGAACUUCCAUCCCAAGAUGCCCUGGUAACCCUUGAUGAGGUGGGUGGAGAAGAUGGUGAAGAAGUUGAUGAGGAAGAGCUUCUGAAACGCCAGGCUGGUGAGAAUCCUGAGGCACUAUUAACUGUUGAUGAGGUGGGAGGUGAUGAACCAGAAGGUGAGGAAGAGCAGUUGGAGAAAGCACUUCAGGGCCUAGUCACUCUUGAUGAAAUUGUUGAGGAUGAAGAUGAGGAUGACGCAAGUUCUUUUAACCCUGAGACUCUUGUUACACUGGAUGAGGCACGAGGUGAUGAGGAAAUGGAUGAGAGUGAGCAGGAAAAAAUAAAUACAGACAGCUCUGAAGUUGAUACAGCUGCCCAGCCUGAGGUGCCUUUGGUAUCAACUCUCAAAGAGGAGGAUUCCUGCGAUCUUGAAGAAUUACGCAGGAUAAAUUUUGUAACUGUGGAUGAAGUAGGUGAGGAAGAGGAGGAAAAGCAAGAGCAGUUACAUGAAAAGUUAGAUAAGGAGAAACCCAUGACCAGGAGGGGUGGAAGGCCUAGGAAGAGAUCUCGGCAAACACCCGUGAGGAAGUCUACAAGAGGAAAGAGGGGACGGGGUAAUCUGGUAGAAGAACACGCUGAAGAACACGCUGAAGAACACGCUGAAGAACACGCUGAAGAACACGCUGAAGAACACGCUGAAGAACCACCAGCAGAGGAACAACCAGCAGAGGAACAACCAGCAGAGGAACAACCAGCAGAGGAACCACCAGCAGAGGAACCAGCAUCAGACAAUAAUAUUCCCUCCUCAGUCACCAAUUCAGUAGAUGUAAACAUCAAAGCUGAAGAUAAACUAGAGCAAGAAAAUGUAAAAGCAGAGGUAACUUUAGCCUCACCAAAUACGCAGAAUACUGGAACAGAAGAAGAGAAGCCUAAUGUUAGCAAACAGGAAGAUGAUGUAACAGUCAAGGAGAGUAUUGCUGCUGAAGCCACAGCUGAAAAAAGAGCAGCAAUAAAAGAGGAAUCUAAACAGAGGCGUGAGGAAGAGCUAAAUCAGGAACCAGAAGCUAAGAAGCGUUUCUCGCAGCCCUCCUCAACUAAUGACUUCACUCUUCCCCCGUUUAACCCAAAUAACCCUAUUGGUAUGGACUUUGUGGUGCCCAAGACUGGUUUCUUCUGUAAACUCUGCUCUUUGUUUUAUGGAAAUGAGGAGACUGCGAAGAAAACCCACUGCAGCAGUCAAAGACAUUAUGAAAAUAUGCAGAAGUACUAUGAGAAGCUCAGGGCUCAGCAGACUCAGCGCAGCAGCUCGGACACAAUCCACUAACAGUUUUUCAUCUAAUUAAAUGGACUAACUUGUCCUAUAUUUUACUUUGUGUUAAUUCUGGUAAAUGGGUCCAAAGUUAUGUUGUAAAAAUUAUAGAUUUUUUUGUUUGGUUGCUGAUUUCCUAGGUUCUUAUAGAAAACUUCAUUGAAAAUGGAAAAGAAUUCAUUCGUAUAGAUGUUACACAAAACAAAUAAAAUUUUAGUAAAUGACAACUAUGUUGUACUCGUCAUUUAAUAAAAUUUUCACUCAUUCAAGUGUACACCCAGGUAGGCAUGUGUAUUUACAUUAUUUACCACAAAUUGAUAAAAUAUACUGUACAUCAAUAAAAUCUUUUAACUACCCUUCAAA